GACUCUGGUCGGGGAAUCGGGCGAAGGAGAGCUGGGACGGAGAACAGGGGGUGGUCAAUGGUCACCGCGAUCGAGGGAUUAACAUUGAGUCUGCAGAGCGACAAGCUUUCUGCUUCAGAAGUUGGACCCUAUCUCCUCGGGGCGACUUUCCAUGACUGUGGAGUCCGGAUGGGUCAGGAUGGGUCAGGAUGGAGUCCGAGUGCCCGUCUGGCCGCAUUCGUCGCUCUGGUGGGGAUCCCCGGCGCUUUGCCCAUUUGGGCCGCCCGCACGGGUUGUCACGUGAGAGCAACGCGUCGCGUGUUUCCCUUUGGCUGCCACUUUCGCUUCCCUGCGAUUCAUUGCGCAGGGCUGGGCCAAUUGUGAAACAGCUGCAGGUCUGCAUCGCAGCACCGUCAUUGCCCCCCACAGAUACCCCCCGUACAGUCCAUUCCAUUACCUACCCCAUACCCUUUCCCCCCUGACAUCAACAUCAUGGACCCAUCACAAGUUCCCAUCCCCGACACAGACGAGGGGUUGAACUCCGAAUUCGACCAGCUUCGGGAUGAGCUGAAGAUGGUCCGAAGACAGCGGGCGCUGCUACGGCUGCGCAGCCGACUCGCACGGGAGGAGUACCUGCUGGCACAGGAGCGACAACAACACCGGGCGCUGCGUCCUCGAUCCCCGAACGAAGUCGCCCGCAGCCCCAACCCACCACUCGAAACGCUCAUCACGCGGCCAUCAUCGGGGGGGCUGGGCUUCGACCCCUUCGAGGUCCCCGCGCAGGGCAUCAAACGCUCCUACUCCGAAGAACCCCUCGUCACCCCGCUCGAACGGCCGCCCUACCUGUCCUCCACCGUCAUGCUCUUCGACGGCACCCGCCCCGAGUUCCGAGACAUGUUAAUGGAACUGCAAGCCCACUUCGACCGCUACACAACCUACUUCUACUCCCGCGACGCCCCCCACCGAAAGAUGGAAGAGACCCGAAGGCACAUGUCCGGCCGACUGGCACGGAAGUGGGAGGAAUAUGUGCUGGGACACCCGGAGCGGGAUCGGUGGCGCAACUUCUGCUCGUUCGUGGCGGACUUUCGCGCCGAAGGGCCCGUGGAUGUGGCCGUGAACCCAGCGGCACAUCGAUAUAAUCUUGCGAUGCAAAAACCGACGCAGACGGUGCUGGAUUACGCCAGCCACCUGACGCAGAUGGAGCAUGACAUGGGGGUGGUGUACGACGACGAGGCGCGCAUUUUCAAGCUCUGGGAUAGUCUGCUUCCGGAGGUGCGCGCCGCAGCGCCGACUCCCGAGUCGUUUCCGGGCGAUUUUAGACAGUGGAUCAAGAAGUUGACGGGGAUCGAGCUCCGCAUUCCCGGUCGGUAUGCGGUGAUCGGGCCGAAGGUGGAGAAGCUGUCGAAGAGGCAGCGGAGGCUGUGAGGGCCCGAGGGGAAGUGGAGUGCAAAAGGGACUGUAUGCUAUGAUGCUACGGAGUAUUGUUGUAACGAUAUCAAGAACAGCCAGCUGCCGCAGUGCGAGCAGCCCGCCAAUACAUU